AUGAGCAGGAGCAUACAGCGCCAACGCUCCAUUUCGAGUCUCUCCUCACGACAGGCCGAUCGCGACAGAGAACACGCGAACGGCGGCCUUGGGCUGCUGAGCCCCUACAACUCCAGAUCCCCCCUCGCGGGCCUCCCUCACUCGCCUUUGUCUCUAGAUGCCACCUCCACAAAGCUCUCCCGGCCGACGUUCCUGCUGGACCGCAAAGGUACCGAGGACAUCGCCAAGCUCGACGGCGUGCUCUUCGACGACAUCCCCACCCUCGGCUCCAGCAGCUCCCUCCUCUCCAGCCUAGGCGCCGGCUCUCCCUAUCCCUCCAUCAACAACACCUCGGCCCCCUCGCCCACCUCACAGUACCUCUCCGCCCCAUCGCCCGCCGGCCAGAGGAGAAGGGCAAACACCGCCAGCGGCCCACUCUCGCCUGCACCGCCCCCCGACUCCCCCGCCGAUUCUCCGAGCAAAUCUACGAGCCGCGGCCUCGUAGCAUUCCCUCCCUCCACACGACCACCCCCCGCCCGCCGCACACCCGUGCCCGCUGCCGUUCCGUCUCCGCCUGCCCAGCCGCCGCCGCCUCCGACACGCCAGGCCACGAGCCCUCCUCCGCCCCUGUCGCCUCCUCAGCCGAGAUCCCAGACCGCUCCGGCCCCGUUGCUGAACUCGUCCGCGAGCGCAAACAACAUCAGCAGCAUGUACGGGCAGCGCCAGGGGUCCGGGGUCGACCCCUCGAGGCCCUUCCAGGUUCCGCCCCCGCCUCCUCCCAUGUCGCCGCCCGCAGCAAUAGGGACGAUGAACAACAUCAUGACCAACAUCCCCCCUCCACCUCCUCGCUACCCCAGCGCGCCAGCCGGCGCAAUGUCAUUACCAGGGCCACCAGGCGGGCCACCCCCCAGCGGGCUUCCUCCUCCCCCGGGCCCGCCUCCCGGAAACACAACGCAAUGGCAAGGCACCUGGAAUAAUGCCUACGGAUCCUACAUCCCCCCGCCUCCGCCUCAGCAAGCGCCUCGCCCGUAUAACCCGCAGCCGUACAAGACUGUCAACGGGCAGCAGAUCGCCAUACCUCCGCCCCCACCUCCCAACGAAAACAUGCAGAUGUCGGCUACUUACAUCCCGCAGGGUGACACGUACGGGGAGGGGGUUGGUAUUCCUGGCCUGGGCAUGGAUGACAUGUCGACGUGGUCCGCUACGUCUCAAAGCUCGUGGCUGGGUAGUUUAGGCAGUCUGGGAACAGCAAACAGCGACACGACCAUUUCCACCCCUGUUGACACCUACGGAAACCACAACAGGGGCAAUUCGACGACCUCGAACGCGACCACGGCUGGCGGUGCAUCGGGCAUCCCGCCCGAGCUCGCCUCGCAGUGGCCCUUGGAGCGCGUGCUAUCAUGGCUCCAAGCAAAUAACUUCAGCAAGGACUGGCUCUCGACUUUCCGCGCCUUGGACCUGCACGGGUCCAGGUUUCUCGAGCUUGGGAGUGGCCAUGGUGGGCGUGGUAACUUCGGCAUGAUGCAUCAGCAGGUGUACCCACGACUAGCAACAGAGUGCACUAGCAGCGGGACCGGCUGGGACCAGUCGCGCGAAAGAGAGGAGGGAAAGAGGAUGCGCCGGCUAAUCCGCAGCAUUGUAAGGGGCGAGACACCCACGGCGACGGGGGUGUCAUCCCAUGGGAGGAAAGACUCAACGAGCAAUACCUCCCUGGUACCCACCAGUGCAGGCCCGGACAGCGGCUCCCCGGACACUCCUAUCAAGGCCCCAGGCCCUGGAUUCUCAGUUGGACGUAGGUCAUCAUCACAGAUACGGACGCAGACCAUGCCCAUUCUUUGGAACGGUUUUAGUAACUCAGUCACUUCUUCAGACCCCGGAGGCAACCACAGGAGAAUACACUUAGGUAACAUCGACGAUGAAGGCUCCCGCCGCCACAGCCCGGUCGCUAGCGAGUCCGGAGAGGUAGGAACGACCAACAAUAACAACAACAGCAGCAACAGCAACAGCAACAGCAACAAUAACGAACGCAGCAGCAACCGAGGCUACAGCCCCGCGGCGAGCCCGGCACCAAACCAAGGCCUCUUCUCGUCUUCUACAGCGCCCAAUCUCGCUUCCUCACCCGGCGGGAGAUUUGGGGGCCACCGGAACCGAAACUCCACUGACUCGGUUUCGUCAAACGCAGCUAUAUAUGGGUCUGGUGUGCCGCCCGAAGCGAGCCAGGCUCUGCGGUCUCAGAUGAACGUCGCCGAAAUGGCCAAGGACACGCGUCGAUACGGCCACGACGGCGGCAACCGGCCCAGCCCGCUCGGCGACAACUCAUCGACCGGCGACCGAUCCGCUGGCGCGAGCGAGCCGCCGGGGUCCGCCAGGGAGACCAAGUCGUUCCUGUCGUUCCUCAACCCGCGCAAGAAGAAGCAUCACGAUGAUCCCGAGUCGCCUACGAGCCCAAUGCAGCUCAAGGCGCACUCGCUGGGGAGCAGAGGGAAUGCCAGUGAGACGUCGCUUGACAGGCCGGGGUCGAGCUUCUCCACAGAACAGCAGAGACCGGCAUCGUCGAUGAGGUCGAGGCGCAUCACUAGGGGCAGGAUAUUUAUUCUCGCAACAUUGGACUACUGGAACUACCGCAUGGUGGACGUGUCGGACAUGGAAUCCGCUUCAGACCUUAGAACACUAAUAUGCGUUAAUCUCGGCCUACCAGAUGCGGAUGGUGCGGAACUAUAUCUCACGGAACUCGGCAAGUUUGACCACGAUGAUGCGCUGGACGACAACAGACUUGUCGCCAAGAAGAAAUCAAGGGCGGACGCAGCCGGGUCUCUGAAGAUAUUCGUUCGGCCUGGAAACAUGGGCGGCUUGGGAGUAAACAUCGGCCAAUCACAGAAUGCACUCUCGCCAGCCUACCUACCUGCGGGCGCGAAGAUGGACGAGGACACGUAUGCGCGGCUGAACGGGCAGCGCAGGAGAUCCAGCUCAUCCCCGCCGGCAUCCAGGCAGAACACCCUCACCGGAGGCGAGAAAGACAAGAAUUCGGCGACCGGGGAGAAUGACGGUGCCAAUGACAACAAGAGCGACGACGGCAACCUCACGCAGCAAGCAGAGGCAUACAAGGCUGAGAUGAUCAGGAAGCAGCAGGAGUAUCUCGCCAAGCGCAAGGCGGCGAAAGAGAGCGGCAACUCACCCUCAGAUAAUGGCACAAGUACGUACAGUGGUAUCGUGGGCCGUGUUGUUAACUUUGACGAGCCACGCAACUCGCCAUUCGAGGACAAGAAGCCAUUCGAUGGCGCCUUUGCACCGCAAAGACGUGCCCCUGCGGCGCCUCUCGAUCCGUCAGCGACCCUCAUCAAGGCAAACUCGCUCUCGAAACGUGGCUCGCACCAACGGACGAGCCAAGGAAGCAUGGAUGGGUUCCCCACUAAGCGGCAGAGCACCGGAAUAUCCGAGAGCCCAAAGCAGAUGGCCGAGAAGAGAAGACCAAACAAUGAGCGCCAGGCCCUUGGCGGCAUCGGUGCUGCGCUGGCUGGCAUCGGCCGCGGCCUGGGCGGUAUCGCACACCCUGGAGGUGCCGGAGGAAGGGGUAACUCACCAAACAGGGCGGAAGCAGAAGGCGACAACGAGUUCGCAGGAACUGGAUCAGGGGAAGAAGCAGGUAAGGAUGCUCAAUCGAGCAUUUCAUUACGUGGAGAUGACGGUGGUCCGCGACCGCGAACGCCACCCAUCCCCGGCUCUUCGACCAUGAGCCCGGGAGGUGUGGCGUUUGAUGUGCCCGACUACUCACCUGGCGGAACCCGGUUGCCCAGAACAUACUCACCCCUUGGAAGACGGAACGGGACGAGGAACAGCACCAGAUCUGCUAGGUAUCCGCUCAGGAUUGACAUUGAAGCUAAACAACGACAAACAGGAGAAGACGCCAAGUCUCGAAGACCGCCCCCCGCAGGCGAGGUCAGCCCGACAGCAAGGACCGUAUCGGACAAGCCGCCACAGCUGCCCAAGGUGGUCGUCAAGCCCAGGAUCUUUGACGGGGACUCCUCUUCAGACGAGGAAAAUGAUGGCGACGACUCAGACGAUUCAGACGACGGACUCUUUGCGAAACCCCUGGCCGGUCGUGGUGUCCCCAGCACCACCAGCAAGGGUAAGGAGCUAAUCAGCCAACCCGUGGCGAAAGCGUCGCCUGUGAGCAAGGACGGGACCUUCUGGAACGACGAGGACAGCGACGGCGAUGAGGAAGAGGCCGCUCAUGGAGCCAGCAGUCUCAGCAAGCGCCCAAGCUUGACUGUGAAUACCAAGCGUGGCAAGAAGGGCCUGUCGGUAUCAUUUACGGAUCCCAAUCUGCCCUCGUCUGGAGGCAAAACUCCGGACGAUGACCACUCGUCCAAGGGCUCCAAGAGAACACCGAAUACGCCCCACUCCGAGGGAUGGGACUCCAACGACAAUGACGUGAAGCUUAGCAGACGCAAGAGUUUCAUGGAGAAGGACACCUCGAUUUGGGCUAACCGUCCACCUACCGAUGCGCUAAUCAACAACCUCGAGCACUUCUUCCCUAACCUGGAUGUGGACCAGCCCGUGCUGGAAGAGGGCACCGAACUUCCAGGUGAUCUGCCGCCCAGUCCGAUAGCCGAGGAGACGGAGGAGCAACCGGGACAGCAGUCGAAACCUGUGACAUCUUCAAGGAUCAGUACCAUAUACAACGACAGUGACACCCUCGGUAGUGAUGAGUCGACCCUGAAGGCGCUAGAACGGCCAGCGUCUUUUGUCAGCGCGGCACAAAGAAGCACGCGGCGCUCACAGGGCUUGGGCAGGAUGAAGUCCAUCAGAGAAGUGGCUCACAAGCGCUACACGCAAGGCGCCGGAAUGGCGCCGCCGGUGCCACCGACUCCUAACAGCAGCACGUCAGCCGCUGCGAACAAGAACACGAACCUGAUGCGACGCAAGUCGACCAAGAUGUUCAACGCCAACAUUGUGCAGAUUCGGCCGCAACGGGGCUCGAUGAUCCUGCCGCAGAUCCCACAGGACCACCUGCCUAGUCUGCCGCACAACGCCAACAACCAGAUUCCCAAACGGCAGACGACGUUCCGGUGGUUCAAAGGCCAGCUCAUCGGCAAGGGAACGUAUGGGCGGGUCUACCUUGGUAUGAACGCGACGACGGGUGAAUUCCUGGCGGUGAAGGAAGUCGAGGUCAACCCCAAGGCCGCAGGGGGUGACAAGGCCAAGAUGAAGGAGCUCGUCGCCGCGCUGGACCAGGAGAUCGACACGAUGCAGCAUCUCGAUCACGUGAACAUCGUGCAGUACCUCGGAUGCGAGAGGAAAGAGACUAGCAUCUCCAUCUUCCUCGAGUACAUUCCCGGUGGCAGCAUGGGCAGUUGCGUGAGGAAGCACGGCAAGUUUGAGGAGUCUGUUGUGGCGAGCCUUACGCGGCAGACGCUGUCAGGCCUGGCCUACCUGCACCGCGAGGGCAUCCUGCAUCGCGACCUCAAGGCGGACAACAUCCUGCUGGACGUGGACGGAACGGCAAAGAUUUCGGACUUUGGCAUCAGCAAGAAGACGGACAACAUCUACGGCAACGACAAGACCAACUCGAUGCAGGGCUCCGUCUUCUGGAUGGCGCCCGAGGUGAUCCGCAGCCAGGGCGAGGGCUACAGCGCAAAGGUGGACAUCUGGUCGCUGGGCUGCGUGGUCCUCGAGAUGUUCGCCGGGCGCAGGCCGUGGUCCAAGGACGAGGCGGUCGGCGCGAUAUACAAGAUCGCCAACGGAGAGACGCCGCCCAUCCCCGAGGAGGUGUCUGCGGCGCAUCCCGAGGAACGCCCGACUGCCACCAAGCUACUUGCGGAGCACCCGUUCUGCGUCUUCAGGGACGACUAUGAUUUCCAUCACACGGACCUGUAUGCCAAAAUCAAGGGGACGUGGAAGACCGAGAAAUAA